AUGGCACCUGCUCAAUCGGCUGAGCGCGAUAUGGAUGAAUACAAGACAUGGAAGAAGAACAGCCCUUUUCUUACAGCCCUCACAUGGCCUACCCUUACAGUCCAGUGGUUCCCCGAUGUCAAGGAGCCCGAGGGCAAGAACUACAGAAUUCACCGCCUGCUGCUCGGCACUCACACCUCAGAUGAGAGCCCAAACUAUCUCCAGAUCGCCGAUGUUCAGAUCCCCAAAGCAGUGGCGCCCAACCCCGACGAUUAUGAUGAGGAGCGAGGCGAGAUCGGCGGUUAUGGCAAGUCUGGUGAUGUCGCUGCCAUCAAGUGCGACAUUGUCCAGAGAAUUGAGCACCCCGGUGAAGUGAACAAGGCUCGAUAUCAACCGCAGAACCCCGACAUCCUUGCGACACUUUGUGUCGAUGGCAAAAUCCUCAUCUUUGAUCGAACGAAGCAUCCUCUCGACCCUACUUCGACUGGAAAGGUCAAUGCUCAAAUUGAAUUGAUCGGGCAUAAGGCUGAGGGUUUCGGUCUGAACUGGAACCCUCACGAGGCGGGCUGCUUGGCGUCAGGUAGUGAGGACACUACCAUGUGCCUUUGGGAUUUGAAGACCUUGACAGCUGACUCGAGAAUCCUCCACCCUUCUCGCAAGUAUACUCACCAUACCCAGAUUGUCAACGACGUUCAGUACCACCCUAUCUCCAAGAACUUCAUAGGUUCCGUAUCCGACGAUCAGACUCUUCAAAUUGUAGAUGUACGACACAGCGAGACCGCCAAGGCCGCGGUUGUCGCUGAGCGCGGCCAUCUUGACGCGAUCAAUGCUCUGGCUUUCAACCCCAACUCUGAGGUUCUUGUGGCCACGGCUUCAGCUGACAAGACAAUCGGCAUUUGGGAUCUCAGAAAUGUUAAGGAGAAGGUGCACACUCUAGAGGGCCACAAUGAUGCCGUCACAUCUCUGGCAUGGCACCCUACUGAAGCUGGCAUCUUGGGAAGUGCCAGCUAUGACCGGAGAAUCAUUUUCUGGGACCUUUCCCGGGUCGGCGAGGAGCAGUUGCCCGACGACCAGGACGAUGGUCCACCUGAACUACUCUUUAUGCACGGCGGCCACACGAACCAUCUUGCUGACUUCAGUUGGAACCCCAACGAGCCUUGGCUCGUUGCAAGUGCUGCGGAAGACAAUCUGCUGCAGAUCUGGAAGGUCGCCGAGUCCAUUGUGGGCAAGGACGAUGGCGACUUGCCUGUCGAUGAGCUCGACCGAUAG